AUGACGGCUACUUCGACCGCUCCGACCGCGGCCAGCACCUCGGCUCCCGGAGCCACCGCCUCUACAUCCGCUGCCCCCGGUCUCCCUUCUCGCCCUGACUCCCUAAACACCGUUGUGAAUCGCACCGCUUCGAAUUACUCUCCGUACACAGCUUCGCGGUUUGGAGCCAAUCCCUACGGCGGCUACGGGGCAUACUCCUCCCCGUACUCUCGCUUCGGUACAAUGGGUUCCAUGUAUGGGGGCUACGGAGGGUACGGAGGAUAUGGCGGCAUGUAUGGUGGCAUGGGAGGAGGGAUGUACGGUGGCGGGAUGCCCGGUGAUCCCAAUGAUCCCAACAGCUUGACGAACUCCUUCAGCCAAAGCACACAAGCUACCUUUCAAAUGAUCGAGAGUAUUGUGGGUGCGUUUGGAGGAUUCGCUCAGAUGCUGGAGAGUACAUACAUGGCGACUCACAGCUCUUUCUUUGCCAUGGUCUCGGUGGCAGAACAAUUCGGCAACCUCCGCAACACCCUCGGCUCUGCCUUGGGCAUCUUCACCCUGAUCCGCUGGUUCAAGACCCUGAUCGCGAAGAUCACCGGUCGUCCCCCACCGGCUGAUGCCACCGCUCUCACUCCGUCUGCCUUUGCAGCAUUCCUGAGCGGUCGCUCCUCCCCCGCCACCCUGCCCGACGGCUCCCCCGCGCCUGCGAAGCCCUCCAAGAAGCCGUUCUUCAUGUUCCUUAUCGCCGUCUUCGGUCUUCCCUAUUUGAUGGGCAAGCUCAUCAAGGCUCUUGCGCGGUCGCAAGAGGAACGCCGUCAGCUGAUGAUGGGUCCUAACGGCGAACCCUUGCAGCAGGGUCAGAGUGCACCGCUGGACCCCUCCAAGCUCGACUUCUGCCGCGUGAUGUACGACUACACCCCGGAAGCCCAGGAGAGCUCCGGAAUCGACCUCGCUGUGAAGAAGGGUGACAUUGUCGCCGUCCUCAGCAAAUCCGACCCGAUGGGUAAUGCCUCGGAGUGGUGGCGUUGCCGUGCUCGUGACGGCCGCGUCGGAUACCUCCCAGGCCCGUAUCUGGAGACCAUCCAGCGCCGACCGCAGCAGCAGGCGAUCACCUCCGGCAGCGAAGCUGGCAGUCGCAGCAACUCGAUGCAGGCACGCGCAUCCGAGGAAAUCGCCACAGAGACCAAGAAGCCCGAGCUGAAGGGCAAGCUGGGCGAUAUCUCACCCGAGAGCUUCCAGAAGAGCGCCUUCUACUCAUGA